AUGGAAGAUUCUGUUGCAUCCAAGUCAAUGACGUUAGAGGAGACAUUGUACCUGUUCCGCCACAUAUUUCUCCCACCAGAAGUUCCCCAGGCAGAAGAUUACAAUGUGCAACAAGAACAUCGUCUCCUCGAGAGCGUCGUUGAUGCUCUCCGCAGGUUCAGCGAUUACGUUCCGACCGCAGAUACUACUAUCGUACGUAAGGCCACCGAGAUGGUUUCUCGCCUAAGAAAAGCAUACAGCCCUCAUGGGGACGUUGAUGAAAAGCAGCUCGAGAUGAGUCUGGCAGAGCUACCUAUUCGGGGUGGAUUCCUCCCAAUUCACGUUCGCGAGCAAAACGCAGGAAUCCUCCUAUACUGGCAUAACGACGCGAUACACAUCGAAUCUUUUGAGUUGUCAGCUCGCAAUGAAGCCGUUACAACAACAGUGGGACGGCUGCGCCGUGCUUUCCCGGGUCCGACUAUGGUUAUGAAUAGGGCAACUUUCGAGGAACCCGGAUUCCGAGCGUUUAUGGCGCAAACGGUUUCGAGAAUGAGUCACCAGCCCGUUGCUGGAACCAAGCCAAGAGUCAAGAAGGCUGGACAGGAGCACGAUGAGACCAGGGACACCACGCAUCCCAAAAUGGUGACAGAGCUUCUCAUGUCGACUCUUCGUCCUCGAUGCACCGACAUCGCGUCUGUACAGAUUCAGAAGAACACUCGCGAGGAAGUAAUGUGGCGUGAUUGCCAAUCGCCGUGGCGCCGAUCUGCAUUAUGGCUCCUGGUGCGCGUGACACUGCAGCUAGUGUUUCGCAGGCUGUCUACAGAAGGGAGCUUGGACGAUCUGUACAAACAAUUCAUGGUCUUCUUCAUGACCUCGAUAGUUGACAGGGCUUCAAUUGCAAUACCCUCCGAGAGUCUCUUUCUUAUGAAUGCCAAGAUCGUUCGCAGACUGCUGAAGCUUGACUUGGCAGUUGUGCCUGCCUGGUUCACCUCAGUUCAGGAAAUCUUGAGUCGUACAAGCAGCGCAGUUCAAAGCCAGUGGACGCAUAUUAGGAGCAAAAAUAGCCACAGUGUCGACAUGCCACUGCUGCGUGAUUUAAAUUUCCGUCAAGAUAUUCAAUGUGCGCUCCCCUGCCUUGACCGCUACAUCGAGAGCAUAGAAAAUCGAAGCAACAAACGCCCGUGCAGAGAAAGUUUCCAGCCGCAAUCGAAGUUGAUCAAAUACCAACGAACAGAGCUUCCAAAUCACCUCGAUUCACACGAUUCUGAUUACCAAGCGUACAACCUUGCUGCCUUUGAGGAUUGGGUUGCUUCGGAUCUCAAUGCAUGGCUGGAAAUUCACCAGGGCGAGGAGGCAGCCUGUGGUCAACUCGGUGCUUUGAUGACUCGAUACUUCGAGAAAGCGUCUUCGUCGUAUUCAGACAACCCCGAAGCUACAUCAGUCAUGCUUCUUACGCUCUUAGAGUUGUGGAUUGCCUGCGACAAAUCCGCGAUUCACCUACAUGAGACCCUGAGAGACUAUGACGCAUGCAUACCAGUUGACUGCUUUCAAUCACUUUUGCUGCCUUUUCGAUCGCACAUGGAGAGGCUGGCGUGUGCUGAAAAGUAUCUGAGUCGACGUCAGGCUCGCCUUCGCUACCAUGGCCCGAACAUUUUCCAGGAAUUCGGGACUUCCUCCUGCUUCGCUGUUCGAUACUUCGAGCAGUCUCACAAACAUCAGCAAUUGCUUGCAGCCAUCGAAGAAAAUGCCACUCAGGAGAGGACGAAGAAAAAGGUCGAGCUUUGGGAAAAGCAGCAACGUUACCGGGAAUUGAUGGCAUUAUCUUCUAAGACACCAUGUGAAUCUGUCGAAAUCAUUGUGGAUAAGAGACUUGGGCUUCGGGAUAGAGUCCACCACAGUGAUUGCCCCCGAGAACGUUAUCAGAGGCAGGCCGAGUCGAUUGACAUCAGCAUACAUGAGUGGCCUCUGCCGACCAAUCGUUCAAGGGCCAAAGCCACUGUCUUCGAACUUCGAGUACCCGAGCCCUUUGGAAGCUGGCGUGACACCACGCUGUUUUUCCUGCAUCGGUGUUUGAAUAUGAAGUACGCGGUGGAAGAACGGCCCAGAGCAGAGCAUCGUCCACACACAUAUCGAGGUCUGUCUCCGUUCUUCAGCAACCACGGGCGUAACCAGCGGAUUAGUCUUCUUUCUCAGAAUAAGCCUCACGAGAGAACUCAUCGACGCGACAGGUUAAUUCUCAACGUGACGGAAAAUGAUGUCUGCCUCAACAAUGGACUUCACUUCCAAUACUUUGACAAUGUUCUCGGAUGUUUUGUGAGCGGCUUUGACUGGACUCAUCAAACAGAGACUUCCUGCACCUAUAGGUUCCCGGCACACAGUUCAGCGCUGCAGCAAUUUCUGUUUCGACCUGCCAUGAAUCCACAUGGCCCGUCACCAAAUACUGUCAUUGCGACACAGUGCGAUGCCCCUGCUGACAUGUCACUGGAAGAAUACAAGGCCCUUGCAACCAUGCCCCUUGGACUGGAGAUCCAAUGGCAAAAUAUCCUGCUGGAACUGUCAAUGCCAUCGGUGGACAUGAAAAAAAUCGAAACCACAAUCUUUGUGCUCCAGAUAAUCAAUCAAGCGGGCCCAUCCAAAACAGGCACGACAUUGAGACAAGGACAUGCGAUUUUGUGCGACGAGGUAUUCACAGUCGAGGUACUCUCGCGAAUUGAAGAGACAAUGGAGAGGAUCCAGCAAAAUUGGGAGACCAUACAUGGGAUCAAUAGUCUCAUUCGGCUGGUUUUGAGGAUUUUGUCUUUGUCUCCUUCUCAGAAAGUCUGUGCGAUGUGCCUUCAGUGUCUAAACAACCUCCGCCGAUCUGCUUUCCACUGGGUCAAUCUUGUCAGAACAAAAGCUAGUGAGACUAUUGAUGAUACACACAAAACCAAUUUAAUUGCAAAGAGCGUUCAUAUCGCUUUGGUCUGCACAGAGACAUUCAAUGCAGAAACCAUUGCCCCUAUGUUCGCCAUCUCGGCAGAUGUUUCGAUCUUUCUGCAGUGCUGUUCAGUCAUUUGGAACGGGAGGAACUCUCUAACAACAGAAUCAGGUUCAUUGCUUCAAAUUCUGUACCAUCGGUGGCAAGUUCUGUGUUAUCGCAGCCAUGUUAUUCUCGCAGAGCGUAUCGUUGAAUGCAAGAACCCAGGACUAGACCUGGCCAUCGACGCAGCCUGGGCAGCCUAUGACAAGACCUCUAAGUGGUCCAGGGUGUCAAACGACGUGACAUAUUGGUUGUUUACUCGGUUUGCCGGCCAGUCCGGGUCUAGCGAAGACAUGUUGUUGCACUACAACCUCUUGACUGGAGAGCUCCUUGUGGAUGGCCUCCCGCUUGCACGUUUGCCUUCUGAGUAUGAAUCUCAUCCAACAUAUCGCAGCUUAUUCGGGAAAUCUCAAUUGGACGUAAUGCCCAGCAACACACCGGGGAUGCAAUUUUCGUGUCAAAAGCAGUAUUCGGGCUACACGGUACACUUCGGAAAAGAGACCGUGCCAGAGUCCACUGAUUCCGACAUGUCAGUCAAAGCGGUGAAGGGUGGGGAGCAAGUCUGGCAACUGGUUCCGUCUAGACUUUUUGCUGGAGUUUUUCCAGAUGAGUUUGUGGAAGGCUAUGCGCACUGGUAUUCGGUCUUAGGGGACCUGGUGGAAUUCCGACCCUUGAACGCGCCAUGGCUGUCAUCCAGUCAAAACUGGCAGCUCCAGAGAAGCUCUUGUCAAGCUUCCUGGAGCCUCAAGAGGAACGGAACAAUUUUGGUCAGCACCAUGUGCCAAACGGCCCAAGUAAUAUCCAAUGUUUUUCAGCCGAUUGAAAAGGCUUUGAAAGUGCAUUGUAUUUUCCACGAGGCCUCUUCGAAUCUACAUGUUGAGCUACCGCGCCUUCGAUUGGAAUUUAUCCUCAAGUCACAGUCUUCUGCAAUCCAAUCUCGACAAUAUCCUGGCAUGUCAGUCGAUAGUAACCAAGUCUUUGACUCAUUGAUUGGGCUACGCAACACGCUUCUGCUCACGAACCGUGACUCUUACGAUCAAGUGGUCCUCAUACCUGAAGGAGCUUUAUCUUGGGCCAGAGAUGGCAACCACGUUCGUGUCGAGAUCGGUUGGCAACCUGCGACCACCAUCCAUGCGUAUCCCAUCGAUCGCCAGCUCGGACGGCUUUUGGACAAUGGAAGCCUACAGAGCAAGCUAUAUCUCACGUACUUGCAUGCUCUUACGUCUUUCUGCCUGUCAGAUCCACUCACCAAGAAGACCGGUACCGAGCAGGCUCUGUCUAUACUUCGGUCCGCGUCCCUGAGGUCUUUUGAUCGCCUGCAGACAGAACACAUUGAACUCCUCAAGAGCAUCGCAUCUCUCACUCCUGCCAGAAGAUUCUAUCCUGAUAAUGAGCAAGUGAUGCAGAGCAUCCACUGGCGGCAAGGCCUAGGCUGCCUCUCUCAGCACCAUGGCUUUCGCGAGGAAGUCGCAGAUAUACUGGACCAAAACCGUCGCAUGAGCAUUUUCCAACUCGGGACAGAGCUUAAUCACCCGUCACUUCCACAUGUGGAGCAAGCACUGUUUUUGCGGGAGCGAAUCCGCACAUCUUCAUUCCGCGCCCCAGGAUUCGGCGCCGACGAUCAUACGCAGGAGCACGACAGCAUGUACAACAGUCUCGACAAGAAUCGGAUAUCUUGCGCAGCGUCUCGAAGCUUUGCCGUUUGCAAGAUGCUUUACAAAGGGAUCCCUUCUGUCCGCAAACUUCAAUCCGAACAGUUGACCUCGCAUCUUUGGCAAUUCCUCUCUUUACCCACCGGGGUUCGUGGCCCUCAUACUCCAUUGGACACGAAAAGGUUGAGGUACGAUGCUGAGUGGAUACUAGAGUCAAGAGAGUUUCUUGUCAGUAAUUGGUGCAGCAUACACCACCUCGCGUGCUCACAAACCCGCCGCCUCGGCAAAUUCCAGCUCAUGAUCUGGCUUGCAGCCCUUGCUUUCUCCAAUGAAGCUAAUAUGAUUGCCCUUGAGACCAUUGUUUCACUUUUUGUGAUUCGUGACCUGGCUUCAAUCCAUCUGCCAACCAGUGCGUUGUUUUUGCCAAAAGAGGGAGCUGAGAUGAUUAAAACUUCAAUUCGCCGUCAAAUCGAGUCGGAACAGCGUAAAGUCACUCCAGAGUCAAAACUUGCGCCCGAAACGAAUGAGACAUUUCAAAAACUCAUGUCGCGCAGGGAUAGACUCCGGAAUCAAAAUCGGGAAGCCAUUAAGAAAAGUUUGUUGCUACAUUUUGAACGCGAGUGGCCCACCCGAUCACCGUCCUCACUAUUAAAUCCAACAGUGAAUGACUACUUUGAUGCACAGGAGAUGAUGAUGAAAGUUUCAAAAUUGUUCAGUAUCUGGUUCGACAAUCGAGAUCUGAAGCGAUACAUCACCGACAUUGCGAAUGUCACUUGCCAUCAACUGAUCGAAGAGGUCGAGAUUCAACCCUACCAGCUACCACAUCCACCUCAAAGUGCACCGAAAAAACGUGGCUUUGUGCUCUUUGAUGACCUACUCGGCCCGCAGCCAAUCAUCGACAUUGAAGAACCGCAAUUAAGGAACCUUGUCUCUACAUCACCGACAGGACAACCUCCAGCUCCCACAUUGGUGGCUUUGCUAAACUCUUUGGGUAUACAAGCCAAAUCCAAGUACGAGAAAAACUAUGUCGAACAGUUACAAAGCAGUGUUGCUUCGUUGAAAGAUGGCAGACAAGAAAAGCACAUCAAUAUGGCUCAAGGAGAGCUGGAGACAAAUAUUUUGGACUAUCUUGCAUCGUGUCAAGAAUAUGUCGACAGGGUGUAUCGAUCACUUGUGUCUGAGCUCUGUCCUCGUGGGAAGACCACCUGGUCAGGGACGAUGCAUCCUUUCAGGGCAAAAGUAAUCGCAGUAGCCCUGGAACUGCAGCAGUACCCAAGGCUGUCACCAGUCCUUCUUUUGGAGCAACUGUCGCGCCAUCGAUGGGGUCCACUAGACCUAGAUUGGAAAAAAUGUUUCAUUGCUUACGGGUGCUCAAUCACUAAAUUGCAGCGAGCGAAACGACUAGCUCGCCUUCUCAAGCACCCGGACGAACUCCUGAAAGAACUCGAAAAUUUAGGACAUACGAACUGGCAGCCAAUCCAGUUUCCAGAGACUCUUCUGCUUGAGAUAGAGAACGGGAUUCUGAUAAGAGGCAUUCAGGAGGAAAUUGCGGCGACAAUGAGGCACUUUGUCCCAGGAAAGAAUGCCGUCAUGCAAUUGAAUAUGGGCGAGGGGAAAUCUUCAGUUAUCGUUCCUAUGGUGGUAGCAGAUCUUGCGAAUGGAGUUUGUCUGGUUCGCGUGCUUGUGGCCAAGCCGCAAUCGCGACAAAUGUUUCAAAUGCUGGUCACGAAGUUGGGUGGUCUCUUGGGUCGUCGUGUGUAUCACAUGCCCAUUGCACGCUCUCUGAAAUUUGGAGAAGCCGAAGCAGAGGAGAUUGAACGCAUGUGUUUAGAGUGUAUGUCGCAGGGCGGUGUCUUGCUCGUCCAACCCGAGCAUAUCCUAUCUUUGAAACUGAUGAGCCUUGAGUGUUUUAUUGCUGGUAAAUGCGCCGUGGGCCGUUCUCUACUUCGCACGUUGCAGUUCUUCCAACACAACUCCCGGGACAUUGUGGACGAAAGCGAUGAAAACUUUAGCGUCAAAUUUGAAUUGAUCUAUACCAUGGGAUCUCAACGCCCCGUCGAGCUCAGCCCACGACGGUGGAUUGUGGUACAAGAACUGUUACAACUAGUUCGAGAUUAUGCUGGUCGCGUCCAAUCCGAAUUCCCCGACUCCAUUGAAGUGAGCGAGCAGCCACACGGCGGUUUUCCACGGAUACGUUUGCUCAAACAGGAUGCUGAGAAAGCUUUGGUUCAAUACGUCGGAAGGCACAUAUGUGAGAAUGGUAUUGGCUCUCUGGCAAUCUCGAGGCAGGCUCGGCCCAUUCGAGAUGCCGUCUACACCUACAUUAUGAAAUCUGAGCCUCUGGUGGACGAAAUCGCGGCGGUGGAGUGCGGGGAUUCCGCAGGAUUUUUGGGGAGAGAGCACACGGGCAUCCCUCCUGUUGAUACGGGGAGCCGAAAUCCACCGACAAGACUUUGUGUGCCAUAUCGAGCCAAGGAUAGCCCUUCCCUUCGGUCAGAAUUCAGCCAUCCCGAUGUCGUGAUUCUGUUGACAUGUCUGAAUUACUACUAUGCCGGACUUGGCGACGACGAUAUAUUUCUCGCCUUCAAUCAUCUGGUCGGGUCAGACCAAGCCAGUGCAGAGUAUCAAGAGUGGACGAACGAUGCUUCUAGACUUCCACCCACCUACCAGCAGCUUGUGGGAGUGAAUCUGGAUGACCGGUCUCAUUGUACCGAUCAUGUGUUCCCCGCUCUGCGGUUCUCCAAAGCUACUGUAGACUACUUCUUGACACACGUCGUAUUCCCGAAAGAAAUGAAGGAGUUUCCUGACAAGUUGUCUGCGUCGGGCUGGGAUAUCGGGGAGAUCAAAACACAUCCUACAGUAGGGUUUAGUGGGACGAAUGAUUCACGAGAAACCCUACCGCUGAGCGUCUCGCAACUCGACCUGCCGGAGCAAAACCACACGAAUGCGUUGGUGCUGGAAUAUUUGUUGCGGCCAGAAAAUUCCGUGGCCUGCAUUCCACAGCAAGUACAGCCAUGCAAGUCAGAUGCCGAGAUCAUAUUGGAUCUGGUAUUGGAUCUGAAUCCACCGGCCCAGGUAAUUCUUGAUGUGGGCGCACAGAUUCUGGAGCUCAGUAAUCAUGACUUGGCAGCGCACUGGCUAAAACUGCUCCCAAAAGAAGGACCAGUCCAAGCGGUGGUAUUUGUAAACGACAAAGACGACAUCUGCGUCCUGGAUCGAACUGGACGUGUUGAACUAUUGCAAAUUUCACCGUUUGCAAGACAGAUGGAAGCAUGCUUUGUUUUCCUGGACGAAGCACAUACCAGAGGAAUCGAUUUGAAGCUCCCGUCUAAUUAUCGUGCGGCGGUCACGCUGGGUCCGGGUAUCACGAAGGACAAAUUGGUUCAAGCGUGCAUGAGAAUGAGAAAAUUGGGCAACGGACAGUCUGUCGUCUUUUGCGUUCCAGAGGAGGUCAAGUCCAAAAUCCUGGCCUUGAGUGGCAAGGACAAGAAUUCUCAGAUCACUGUCGCGGACGUGCUUCUCUGGGCCAUUUCCGAGACGUGGAUUGACAGCCGACACAGUAUUCCCCUUUGGGCGGUCCAGGGUACACGAUUCGAGCGCCAACGGGAAUUGUGGCAAGCUUACCGCCAAAAUGAUUGCCUUGAUCUGACGCCGAGACAAGCCCAGGAAUUUCUCGAGCCCGAAUGCCAAACUCUUGAACAGCGAUACCGACCUGGUCACCAAGCGCGGCCGUCAUUUAACUGUCCUUCAGAUACUAGCCCGAAUCUGAAUUUGAUUUGGAAGCGCUGCCGCAAGUUUGAAGAUCUCGACACUUCGUCCUCCCUUCAAGAGGAACAGGAGCGCGAGCUCGCACCAGAGGUUGAAAGUGAGCGCCAGGUUCAGAGGCCUCCAAGUGCUGCACCCGAAACGCACCAUAUCCAUCCACACAUAUCUUCAUUUGUCACUACAGGCAUUCUUGUGAGGUCUUCCGAGGCCUAUGAGCCAGCAUACCUCACGCUGCGCAAUACCUCCGCCGCCUGCUUUCUGGACGUAUCUCAAUUCCCAUCCAGUCUACUAGCUUCCAACGACUUCGUUAGGACCGUCAAGACUCCCCCCGGCUCACACUUUGUUGCUGAUGCUUUCCAACGUCCUGUCAGAUGGGUCCUGACAAGUCGAAACCAUGUUGUCGAUGACGGAACACCUCAGUUGCGCAUGAUGAUCAUUAGCCCUUACGAGGCCAAUGGUUUGAUGUCCAAGAUACGAGAAUCACGUGUCGUCACUCUUCAUUUGUAUGCCCCACGCCAAAGCCGAGGAUUUCCCUCUUUGGAUAGACUUAGGCUAUACACGGUCCCCGACGAUGUUGUCAAAACCGAAAUACCUGAUAUAUUCCGUAUGCUGCUCAACCUGUUUUCUGGGCAGCUGUAUCUUGAAUCAUAUUCCGAGUACAAGGACCUUUGUGAAUUUUUGGGGGUGGCAUCUGUGAAAACGCCGCCCGGUCUUGUUGUCGCUGCGGAUGGAUUCAUCAAACGAGCUUUCCCGGGAGCGAAGACAGGCUUCAGUCAGAGCCCGCUCAAAUUCCUUGAGAUUCUAAUGUCACAGAUUAGGAAAGAUUGCCAGCGGAUUGGACGGACGCAUAUUGGUAAAAUUGUCAGUGGUCAGUUGCUUUUUCCGCUCGACUUCGAAGAAUCAGCAACAGCAUCCAUAGAAGCCGGUUUUCAAAUGGCUAGUCUCGGUCCAUAA